CCGGAACCCAAACCACGACACACAACAGCAAAACCUCCACAGAGCUCCUUACUUCUCCCUUGUCAGAGCAGCGCUUUGCAACUCGAUCCUUCGCUCCAUGACAUGGACAAGACACUAGACCACAAUAACGGGCGCAUCGUUCCUUUUGCAUCAUCAGGACAUCGUGCUUCCUCGUCUGGACGCCUGAUGCUUCCACCCCCUUCCUUGUCCCCCAAGAAGAGAAGCAACACCAAAAACAUUGCCACGGCCGAGGAUUACGAGCAGCUCCGACAACACUACACGUUCGUCCUUCCCGACAAGAGUCAAAGAGAUGGUCGUCCAAGCACUUGGCAAGAACGCAUGGUGGAGCAAUACCACUCGCAUCUCUACAAAGAAUUUGCGUUAGCGGACUUGUCAGUGCCUGGAAAAAUUGGAUUUUGCUUUCGGACCAAAGACGAAGUAGUGCAAGGCCUAGGAUACUUGUCGUGUGGAAAUUUGCGCUGUCCCUCCUUUCAGCAACCUGAAUUGUACAUGAAUCGAAAAAUGGCCGCACAAAGCAAGCAGCUGCGAGGGCAGGGUCAUGCAGGCCCUCCAUACGGGGAAGGGUUGAAGGACUAUGAAGUGCCAUUUCGGUACGAGGAGCAUGGGGAAUGGAAAAUCGAGCUGGUCAAAGUGAGACUGUGCAAAGUUUGCGUACCUUUGUUGUUGGAACGAGCUCCUGGAGCUAAGAAGAAAAAGAGUAAUACUGCUCGAAAGAAAGCCACAGAUGUCCAAGACAGCGAUACGCAACAAAAACCAGAGACUUCCUUGGUGGAUGGUCAACAACAGCAGCCAAAGGAGUCUUCGUCCAGCUGCAGCAGUAGUAGUAGCGAAAGCAGCAGUAGCGCAGACGAGUCGGACGCAUCUGGAAAUGUUGCUCGGCGAGGACGCAACAAGAGAAUGACGGGAUCCGAAAAGCAGCAAGCAGAUGAAGGAGUUUCACAAAGUCAUCCAGAACCAAGAGACGAUAAGAAGACAGGUGAAUGCAGCAGCACUGUCUCGGAUGGUUCGUCAGCUUCUUACGACAGCAAAAGGGCAGAGAAGACAAGCCCCGGAAAGCCCGAUACGGACGCCAAGGCACUUGGAAAGGACAAGGAUGAUGCCCCUGAAACUGUUAACCACAACAAGAGUCUGGACAAACCAGAGGAAGUAGUGCCGAUUCCAGAGGCAAAGCCGCCAAGUGAUAAUAGAUCAGGUUCUGAUUCAUCCACCGUCAGUAGUGAGGACAGAAGGCGUCGAAGAAAAGCUAGGCGUCGCCGACGUAAAGAUCGCAAGCGACGAGAACGGGAGCGCAAACGAAGAAAGACAGAAGAAGACCACAGGGAUAAUGAAUAAUGGAAUAGAACUAAAACAUGCGAGUUUUUUGGUUUGCU